UAUUGCGGGAAAUGAAUCAGUCAACGAGUGCCGCAGCUGUUCAGUGCAAUACGGUAUAGAGAUUCGUAUCUAAACGUGUGCUGCAUCAGUCACCAGGUAUACUGUAUAGUGAAGGUAUAAUAUGAUGAGAUCGAGAAAAACUACCGGCAAGAUGGUGGCGAGUGCGACAGUCAUUGUGUGGUCCUCGUGUCUGCUGAUGAUGAUGCUCCUCCUCCUUCCAUCCUCGUCAUUGGCGCAGGACCAGGACGAGACAAAAGCAGGAGACAGCAGGAACUGGUGCUCUGGGGAAUGCGAACCCGAGUCCUGCCCUGCGGCAGAGGGCUGCAAGGCGGGCUUCACUCUGGACCCCUGCGGGUGUUGCACAGUGUGUGCCCCAAGUCUGGGGGACAAGUGCGACUACUACAACAACAACAACUCGGAAGAGGAUGAGGAUGAGGCCACCAAGAAUGUGGACAGGGCCAUUCAAGAGUCAUCAUCAUCAUCGAGGUUUGGCGAUUGUGGCGACAACCUCGAGUGCCGACUACGGGACGACAACCGAUCACCAGGGGACCGAGAAGCCACUUGCCAGUGCACAGACCAGAGAAUCGUGUGUGGCUCGGAUGGCAAGACCUAUGACAACAUUUGCCAAUUACGGGAAGAGUCUGUUGUUGUUGGACUCCAAGAUUCUUCUUUUUCCAUCAACGAGGAUGUGGACAAAAGCAGCAACAAGCAGCAGCAGCAGCAGCAGCAUCCCUUGCUCACUGUGGCCCAAUGGGGGCCAUGCGAGGAAGGCAAGUACACACUCCAGUGGGGAACUAUUCUUUCCCCCAGCAUCACCAGCAGCCCUGAGCCCCAGGUCCGAGUGGGCCAGCACGGGAAUGCGGCCCUGGCCUGCGAGGCCCGCGGCUGGCCCGUGCCCACCAUCACGUGGGAGACAGUGCGGGCAGACGGCAGUCAUUUCGUGCUCCCAAGCGACCACACGACCAUCGCCGUGCAGCAACGAGGCGGGCCAGAGAGACUCAUGGUGAGCGGGUGGGUGCAGGUCAUGAGUGUGCAGCCCCACGACGGCGGCCGCUACACCUGCGUGGCCACCAACAAGUUGGGCGAGGCCAGGGCCGAGUCCCAGCUGGGGGUCUACGAGGGUAAAUACGAACGAUACCCAAUCUGUCCACAAAACAGCGGUGGAGCCCGUGGCAGACUUAUUGAUUCCCCCGCCAUUAUCGUCGUCGGAUGUCAACAACAACCGAGUGUAGCCGUUUCCUUAUUUGCUGCUGUUGCUGCUCCUGAUGAUGCUGUUGUUGGGUGCAUGUUGCAGACGACGACGACGACGACAACAAACCGAAAACACCAAGUUGCACUUUAGUACAGUACUGCACUAUAUGCUCUUGUGCCCUCGCUCAUUUCGGAGCCGCAGCAGCAGCAAGAAUAGUGCAAAUGCUUUGUGUUCAUCAUCAGCUUAUAUUACUCUGAGCCAUGAAUACUCGCGAUUAUAUUCCUGUCAUCGACGAGAAUUAUACAAAAGGGGGAAACAACAUCACAUCAUGCACAAUAGCUGAACAUAAUGAAGUUUGAAAUACUGUUUGAA